GUGCACCGGGAGUAGGAAUUUCAGAUUAACCGCAUUUGCCAUACGUUUCUUUCGCCGUUUUUCGAGUUUCGACGACAUCAACGCUAGGCGUGAAGUUGCUUGGUUUCCACUCCCUCCGCCUGGUUUGGUGUUCUCCCCCCCCUUGGCCAACAGCUCCUCGGAACCCUCCGUCCCAGGUGGCGAAGUCGAAGUGAAGAAAUCUGAAUUCAUUCUAACUAGCUCGGAGUGUGACUUUAGAGUUAUGGCCGAGUCAGUGAGUCAGAAUGUUGGGAAGAAGCUUAUUCAGAUUGAUAUAAGUUCCGACACCGUGUGCCCCUGGUGCUUUGUUGGCAAGAAGAACCUUGACAAAGCAAUGGCUAUUGCGAAGAAUCAAUAUGAUUUUGAGACCAAAUGGCGCCCCUUUUUUCUCAACCCAUCUGUCCCGAAAGAAGGCAUUAAUAAGAGAGAGUUCUACAGGAGCAAGUUUGGACCCCAGUCUGAAAAAAUGGAAGCUCGAAUGUCCGAGGUCUUCAGGGGUCUUGGACUGGAAUACAGCCUCAAUGGUCUCAUUGGAAAUACUCUAGAUAGUCACAGGCUUAUAUUCUAUGCGGGCCAAAAGGCUCCCGAAAUGCAACAUAAUCUGGUGGAGGAGCUUUGCCUCGGGUACUUCACUCAGGGGAAAUCCAUCGGUGACAGAGAGUUCCUUCUGGAGCUGGAAGGAGCAGCAGAGUUUCUGGAAGAUCCAAAUAAUGGGCUUCAAGAGGUUCAAGAGGAGCUCGCCAAAUAUUCAUCUAGAAUCUCUGGGGUCCCGCAUUACCUGAUUGAUGGGAAGUAUGAGUUAAGUGGUGCUCAAUCCCCCGAGGUGUUCCUCGGGGCCUUCGAAGCAGCCGCAAAGGGAAAGUAAAAACCUCAUAGGAGAAAGCAUUUUCACUUGCUAUAUCCAAUAAACGAAUGCAUCCGUAGUUCUAUGGCGUUUCAAAUAGAACUCUCAAUGUAUAACUGCUGUAAACACAUAUAUAUCGGGCUUCCAGUUUCACUGUUUCCAGAUAGCAUCUUGUAAUUCAUCAGAAUGUGCAGUUUCUAUGGCAAUGAGAAGCUCUUCGCUUGAUGAAGUUAAUCGGGA